AUCGAUGUGGGCGAAAUCGGCACAAAAAUAUUGGACCGAGGCUCAGUUAUCCCGGUGAAAGUUUUGGGCAUUCUGGCGAUGAUUGAUGAGGGUAAAUUGAUUCUCUUUUUAUGUCCUAUUUCACCUUUGAAUGUGAUAAGAUGCUAUUGGUCUAUUUAUCAGGAGUUUCAGUCGACUAAUGUUGCAAAGAAAUUGAGGGGAUAA